GCGCGGCACGUGGCGCCCGGCACCCGCUAUGGAGCAGCGGCGGCGCGCGCCCGCCGCCAACCGCCGGUACCGGCAGCGCCGCUUCUGGGACGCGCUGUACCGGCGGGAGGGCGCCGAGCCCCGCGAGUGGCUGGGGGGGUUGUCCCGCUUCCUCCCGCAGCUGCAGCCCGAGCUGCGCCCCGGUGACCGGAUCCUCGUCCUCGGCUGCGGCAACAGCGCCCUGAGCCACGACCUGCACCGGCUGGGCUACACCGACAUCACCAGCGUCGACUUCUCCCCCGCCUGCAUCGCGGCCAUGCGCGCCCGCUACGCCCGCUGCCCCGCCCUGCGCUGGGCCGUCAUGGACGUCCGCGCCCUCGCCUUCCCCGACGCCGCCUUCGACGUCGUGCUGGAGAAGGGCACCCUCGACGUCCUGAUGGCCGAGGAGACCGACCCCUGGCACGUCUCGCCUCAGGCGGCCGCCGAGAUGCACCGGGCGCUGGCGGAGGUGAGCCGGGUGCUGCGCCCGGGGGGUUGCUUCAUCUCCAUCACCUUCGCCCAGCCCCACUUCCGCAAGCCCCACUACGCCCAGGAGGCCUUCGGGUGGUCGCUGCGCCACGCCGCCUGCGGGGACGGGGACCCCGGCGCCUUCCACUACUUCCUCUACGUCAUGCGCAAGGGGCAGCCCCUGGACCCCCCCGACCUGGCCCUGGGGCGACGGCUGCACCAGCCCCCCCCCCCACCUGCCCCAACACCACCCCCCGCCCCCCCCAGAUGACGAUGAGGACUAUCUCCUUGCCAUUCAGCUGUGAUGGUGGGGGGGGGAAGCUUCCCCCCACCCAAUAAAGCCUUAAGGUGUUCCACCCUUGUGGGUGAGGGAUGGGGAACCAGUGCAUUCCCCCGCUCCCCAAAAGCUGCCUAGUGAUGUGAGCAAUGGGAGAAGGGGGGGGGGGUGGCUGGGCCUCCUCCCGGGGGGCAGCAGGAUGCUCUGGGGAGCGGGCGAUGCUGUGCCCCCCUCCCUCGCCCGGCUGGAGAGAGGCCAGGGCUCCGGGCUUUGUGGCUGGUAAUGAAACCAAAUCGGGUUUAAUUCCACCCAUCCAUCUUGUGAGGAGCAGCUCCCUGCCCCCCCUCCCCGCCCCAGCACAGGCAGCUGGGCUGGGGGCAGAAUGGGGGGUGCUGGCACUGGGUGUGGGGAGUAGGAUUGGGGGUGCUGCCCCCCCCGGCCACAUCCUGCACCAGGACCCUUGGACCAGACUCUUCAGCCGUGGGGGUGUGCAAGGGCACCGUGUCCUUGUCACAACACCCCCCCCCAGCCCAAGCUUGGCAGCGGGGAGUCCAGGCUGGGACGUGCCAGCGUGGGGCUGGGGACGCCGUGGGGCACGUGUGUGGGCAGGGUGACACGUCUGCCCCUGUGUGUGUGUGUCCCAGCCCCGCUCCUGGCCACGGUGACAACCCCGGCGUGCCGCACAGGCCUGGCCCGUGUCUGCCUGUGCCUGGGGCCGGUGGCACGGUGACACGCGUGUGCCAGAGCUGGUGACACGCGUGUGCCAGAGCUGGUGACAUGCGUGUGCCAGAGCUGGUGACAGGCAUGUCACCGUGUGCCGGUGGGGCCGGCUGCGCCAGGGUGCCGGAGUGGCAGCCGCAUGGGUGGCACCAGGGGUCUCCUCAGGGGCUGUUUGGGCACCAAACCCCCCCCCCCCACCUCGGGUGGGUGACGCCAGGGGACACGGAGAGGACCCCUCCUCAGAGAGACGGCGGUAACGUACUGAAAAGGCACGAGCCACCACGCUGCUAUUUCUGACAAACGGCGUAAGUGGGUCAGCCGGUGGCUCCCCCCGCGCCAGGAGCUGGCGAAGGACUCCGGGGUCGGGCCCCCCCACCACCACCACACCACCCCAUCCUGCGGGCACCCCGAAAACCGCCGGCGCCUGGGAGGGACAGAAAGGAGCGGGCAGCUGCCGGCCUCGCCUUGAUACAUGAAUGUAUUUUAUUCAUUGCAUUUUGUUCACCAGUACAGUGAAAAAUGGCAUUUAAAUUUACAAUGGAUCAUUUGUAGAACAUCAUGACACAAGUAUCUUUUUUUUUUUCUUUUUUCUUUUUUUUUUGUGUUUUUUUUUUUUUUUCGGUUUUGUUUUUUGUUUGGUAUUUUUUGUUGUGUUUUUUUUCUUUUUUUGCGUCGUCGUCUCCAUAAAUGCCACUCGUAGGUUAUUGAAAAAGAUGACGAGUUUCUCAUGCACAUCAGACCCCCCCGAGAAGCUUCUUAAAAAAUAAAAUUAAAUUAAAGUACAAAAUUAAAAACAA